CGCUGUGACACAAUGGCGGCUUCCGUUAUGGGCACGUAAUUUUUGUCGAUCAUCUACAAUAAAAUGUAAAGAUCUGUCGAAAGUAAACUCUUUUCGGCAGGUUUUAGACGUACAAAAAUGACAUAGCGAUAUCGAAACUCCAAAGUAUUUGUGGAGAGCAUCGCUGAAGGUAUUAAUACACGGUACAAGAAAGGACUACAAAAUGUCAAAACGACCUGCAGACAGCGGGGAUUCGGGUUCCCAGCCACCCAUUAAAAAAGUUCAAUUCGAACCUAUUUUAAUCGGACCUAUAUCAACCCUCGAAGAAAUGGACAUGAAAGUUCUACAAUUUCAAAACAAAAAAUUGGCCCAGCGGUUAGAACAGCGUCAUAGAGUAGAGGCAGAAUUAAGGCAACGGAUUGAACAAUUAGAAAAACGACAAAUGCAGGAUGAUGCCGUACUCAAUGUUGUAAAUCGCUACUGGAAUCAGUUAAACGAAGACAUACGUGUAUUACUUCAGAGAUUUGAUGCUGAAACAGCAGAUGAAUCAGAAAAUAAAAAUGAAAGUGAAGCCACGACAUCGUUUCUCAUGCAACUCUCUUCCUGGGAUAAGGAAGAGUUGGAUGAUAAACUAGCAAAUCGUGUUCAAGUUUCCAAACGUGCAGUUUCUAAAGUUGUACAGGCAUUUGAUCGUCUUUCUCAAAGAAAUGAAAAAAUUACUCUUGCUCUCAAAGGGGAAUUUGAUGGAGGUAAUUUAAUUUCAUGUCUUUGUAAAAAUAAUGAGUUAAAACAUAAAUUGACAUGCUGUUUAAUCUCAGAAGAGACACCUAAUAUUGAUGAAGUGGUGCGCAGAGCAAAUGCUGAAAUACAAAUGGAAAAUAGGAACCUUCAAGCAAUAAACAUACAGCUCCAUGAAAAAUAUCAUACCAUUUCGUUAAAGAUGUCAGAACUACAAGACACUAUCACAGGAAAAGAUACACUUGCCGCGGAACUUCGUAAUCAAGUAGAUGAUCUUCAGUAUGAAUUGAAUAAAGUGCGAGCACGUAACGAUAAAUUAGAACACCAUCUUGGAGAAGCGAUUGAAAAGCUAAAGGCGUUUCAACAAAUACAUGGUACAGAUGAGAAGGGUAGUAAUAAACCAAAUACCCUGGUUGCAUCUAGCGUUUCGCAAACGAAGCUCGAAGAUUUACAAAGAGAAUUAGAAGAAACAAGAGAGUUAGCUAAUAAUAGGUUACAAGAAUUGGACAAAUUGCAUCAACAACAUCGCGAUGCAUUGAAAGAAGUAGAAAAAUUAAAAAUGGAUAUACGACAACUUCCAGAAUCGGUAAUCGUUGAAACAACAGAGUACAAAUGUUUACAAUCGCAAUUUUCUGUAUUAUACAAUGAAUCAAUGCAAUUGAAAACCCAAUUAGACGAUGCACGUCAACAGUUACAAUCCAGCAAAAACGCUCAUUUGCGUCACAUCGAAAUGAUGGAGAGCGAAGAAUUGAUGGCUCAAAAAAAACUGCGCGGAGAAUGCAUACAACUGGAGGAUGUGUUAGCACAAUUACGAAAGGAAUAUGAAAUGCUAAGAAUCGAAUUUGAACAAAAUUUAGCUGCAAAUGAACAAACAGGACCAAUAAAUAGAGAAAUGAGACAUUUGAUAACAUCUCUUCAGAAUCAUAAUCAACAGCUAAAAGGUGAAGUUCAUCGUUAUAAACGGAAAUACAAAGAAGCCUCUUCAGAAAUACCAAGACUAAAGAAAGAAAUCGAGGAUCUUACAGCUAAAUUAGGUCAACAAACAUCGCAGGAAAAUAAGGAAGGUAAUAAUUCGGAUGGCAGUGGAAAAGAAGAAGACGCGUCCAAUUCUCUUCCAGGUUCUACACAGAUUAAAGAAGAAAGUGGCGUAUCGAUAAAACGAGAAUGUGGAGAAGAAGAAGUUGAGACUAUUGAAGUUGGAGAAGGAGAAGGAAAUAAAGGUACUCCGGAUUCUUUGACAUUAACUUCCCCAACUCUAAAAAAAGAAAAAGAUAUUAAACGCGAGAAGGAUAUUAAGAAAGAAACUGUUAAAACUGAACACCGUGAUCCUGCUCAUCGCAAUAAAGAUACGAAAGUUGCGGAAUCAGAACUUGUCAGAGACCUGAAAGCACAACUGAAAAAGGCUGUGAACGAAAUGAAGGAAAUGAAAUUAUUAUUAGAUAUGUACAAAGGCGUUGGAAAAGAGCAAAGAGAUAAAGUACAAUUAAUGGCCGCUGAACGAAAAACGAGAGCGGAAUUGGAAGAAUUACGCCAACAAAUAAAGAAAAUCCAAGAAAGCAAACGCGAGGAACGCAAAAAGUUAGCAGACGAGGAUGCACAAAUAAAAAUUAAAAAGCUGGAGGAGCAAGCGUAUACUCUUCAGCGCCAAGUUGCUUCACAGAAACAGAGUUGUGUGUGGCUCCAGGAAGAAGAGGCUCUUUUAAACGAAAUGGAAGUAACUGGACAAGCGUUCGAAGACAUGCAAGAACAGAACUCUAGAUUGAUACAACAGUUACGCGAAAAGGAUGACGCGAAUUUCAAACUUAUGACUGAAAGGAUUAAGAGCAAUCAACUGCACAAAUUGGCCAGAGAAGAGAAGGACGUUUUGAAGGAACAAGUGUCUACGUUAACAACGCAAGUCGAAGCUGCCAACGUGGUUGUUCGUAAAUUAGAAGAGAAAGAACGUCUUCUGCAGAACUCCCUUGCUACCGUCGAAAAAGAAUUGGCUUUGAGACAACAGGCAAUGGAGAUGCAUAAACGAAAAGCUAUCGAAAGCGCUCAGUCUGCAGCUGAUUUAAAGCUUCAUCUAGAAAAAUAUCAUUCUCAGAUGAAGGAAGCACAACAAGUUGUAGCUGAAAAAACCAGUUCCUUGGAAGCAGAAGCUUACAAAACAAAGAGACUACAGGAGGAGAUAGCUCAAUUGAGACGUAAAGUAGAGAGGAUGAAAAAGAUAGAACUCGCAGAAACUUUGGACGAAGUAAUGGCUGAAGAAUUACGGGAGUACAAAGAGACUCUCACUUGUCCUUCUUGCAAAGUAAAACGCAAAGAUGCAGUUUUGACCAAAUGUUUUCACGUAUUCUGUUGGGAUUGCUUACGUACAAGAUAUGAGACACGACAGCGAAAAUGUCCAAAAUGUAAUUGUGCUUUUGGAGCAAACGAUUAUCAUCGUUUGUACCUCUCCACCUGAAGGAGGAAACUUUAAAUUAUUGGAAUUUUUAAGAUUA